GCUGCAUCAGGCUUUAUCCUACUUGUUCCUUUGGUGAACCAGGUUCACUUAAACUUGCAAAAAGAUGACCGAUCUCUUGAGAAGUGUUGUCACCGUAAUUGAUGUUUUCUACAAAUACACCAAGCAAGAUGGGGAAUGUGGCACACUGAGCAAGGGUGAACUAAAGGAACUUCUGGAGAAAGAGUUUCAUCCAAUUCUGAAGAACCCAGAUGAUCCAGACACAGUGGAUGUCAUCAUGCAUAUGCUGGAUCGAGAUCAUGACAGAAGAUUGGACUUUACUGAGUUUCUUUUGAUGAUAUUCAAGCUGACUAUGGCCUGCAACAAGGUCCUCAGCAAAGAAUACUGCAAAGCUUCAGGGUCAAAGAAGCAUAGGCGUGGUCACCGACACCAAGAAGAAGAAAGUGAAACAGAAGAGGAUGAAGAGGAUACACCAGGACAUAAAUCAGGUUACAGACAUUCAAGUUGGAGUGAGGGAGAGGAGCAUGGAUAUAGUUCUGGGCACUCAAGGGGAACUGUGAAAUGUAGACAUGGGUCCAACUCCAGGAGGCUAGGAAGACAAGGUAAUUUAUCCAGCUCUGGGAACCAAGAGGGAUCUCAGAAAAGAUACCACAGGUCCAGCUGUGGUCAUUCAUGGAGUGGUGGCAAAGACAGACAUGGUUCCAGCUCUGUAGAACUGAGAGAAAGAAUAAACAAGUCACACAUUAGCCCUUCUAGGGAAUCUGGGGAGGAGUAUGAAUCUGGAUCUGGAUCAAACAGUUGGGAAAGGAAAGGUCAUGGUGGUCUGUCAUGUGGAUUGGAGACUAGUGGGCAUGAAUCAAAUCAGUCAAGAAUUAGAGAACAAAAGCUUGGGUCUAGCUGUUCAGGUUCAGGAGACAGUGGGAGGCGAAGUCAUGCAUGUGGUUAUAGCAAUUCAAGUGGGUGUGGAAGGCCACAAAAUGCUUCAAGUUCUUGUCAGUCACAUAGAUUUGGAGGGCAAGGAAAUCAAUUUAGCUAUAUUCAGUCAGGCUGUCAGUCAGGAAUUAAUGGAGGACAAGGCCAUGGCUGUGUCUCAGGAGGUCAGCCCUCUGGAUGUGGUCAACCUGAGUCUAACUCCUGUAGUCAGUCCUAUAGUCAGAGAGGAUAUGGAGCUAGAGAAAAUUGUCAACCACAGAACUGUGGAGGACAAUGGAGAACAGGCUCAAGUCAGUCCUCUUGUGGACAAUAUGGGUCUGGAGGUAGCCAGUCUUGUAGUAAUGAUCAACAUGAAUAUGGUUCCUGUGGCCGGUUUUCAAACUCUUCUAGUUCAAAUGAAUUUUCCAAAUGUGAUCAAUAUGGGUCUGGUUCAGGUCAGUCUACUAGCUUUGAACAACAUGGAACAGGCUUAAGUCAGUCCUCUGGGUUCGAACAACACGUACGUGGCUCAGGUCAAACUUGUGGCCAGCAUGAGUCUACAUCAAGUCAAUCCUUGGGCUAUGACCAGCAUGGGUCUAGCUCAGGUAAGACAUCUGGCUUUGGACAACACGGGUCUGGCUCAGGUCAGUCCUCUGGCUUUGGACAAUGUGGGCCAGGCUCAGGUCAGUCCCCUGGCUUUGGACAGCAUGCGUCUGUCUCAGGACAAUCCUCUGGUUUUGAGCAGCAUGGGUCUGUCUCAGGACAAUCCUCUGGUUUUGGACAACAUGAGUCUAGAUCACGUCAGUCUAGCUAUGGCCAACAUGGUUCUGGCUCAAGUCAAUCAUCUGGCUAUGGCCAAUAUGGGUCUAGAGAGACAUCUGGCUUUGGACAACAUGGGUUGGGCUCAGGUCAAUCCACUGGCUUUGGCCAAUAUGGAUCGGGCUCAGGUCAGUCCUCUGGCUUUGGACAACAUGGGUCUAGCUCAGGACAAUCCUCUGGCUUUGGACAACAUGAGUCUAGAUCAGGUCAGUCUAGCUAUGGCCAACACAGUUCUGGCUCAAGUCAGUCAUCUGGCUAUGGCCAACAUGGGUGUAGACAGACAUCUGGCUUUGGACAACAUGGGUCAGGCUCAAGUCAAUCCACUGGCUUUGGCCAAUAUGGAUCAGGCUCAGGUCAGUACUCUGGCUUUGGACAACAUGUUUCCGGCUCAGGACAAUCCUGUGGUUUUGGAGAACAUGAGUCUAGAUCAGGUCAUUCUAGCUAUGGCCAACAUGGUUUUGGUUCAAGUCAAUCAUCUGGCUGUGGUCAACGUGGAUCAAGUUCAGGACAAACAUCUGGAUUUGGACAACACGAGUUAAGCUCAGGUCAGUCUUCCAGCUUUGGCCAACAUGGAUCAGGCUCAGGUCAGUCCUCUGGCUUUGGACAACAUGGGUCUGGCUCAGGACAAUCCUCUGGCUUUGGACAACAUGAGUCUAGAUCAGGUCAGUCUAGCUACGGCCAACACAGUUCUGGCUCAAGUCAGUCAUCUGGCUAUGGCCAACAUGGGUCUAGACAGACAUCUGGCUUUGGACAACAUGGGUCAGGCUCAAGUCAAUCCACUGGCUUUGGCCAAUAUGGAUCAGGCUCAGGUCAGUCCGCUGGCUUUGGACAACAUGGGUCUGGCUCAGGACAAUCCUCUGGCUUUGGACAUCAUGAGUCUAAAUCACAUCAGUCCAGCUAUGGCCAACAUGGUUCUGGCUCAAGUCAAUCAUCUGGCUAUGGUCAACAUGGGUCAAGUUCAGGACAGACAUCUGGCUUUGGACAACACAGGUCAAGCUCAGGUCAAUACUCUGGCUUUGGACAACAUGGAUCAGGCUCAGGUCAGUCCAGUGGCUUUGGACAACAUGGGACUGGCUCAGGACAAUACUCUGGUUUUGGACAACAUGAGUCUAGAUCACAUCAGUCUAGCUAUGGCCAACAUGGUUCUGGCUCAAGUCAGUCAUCUGGCUAUGGUCAACAUGGGUCAAGUUCAGGACAGACUUUUGGAUUUGGACAACACAGGUCAGGCUCAGGUCAAUCAUCUGGCUUUGGCCAACAUGGAUCAGGCUCAGGUCAGUCCUCUGGCUUUGGACAACAUGAGUCAGGCUCAGGACAAUCCUCUGGCUUUGGACAGCAUGAGUCUAGAUCAAGUCAGUCUAAUUAUGGCCAACAUGGUUCUGGCUCAAGUCAGUCAUCUGGCUAUGGUCAACAUGGGUCUAGUUCAGGACAGACAACUGGCUUUGGACAACACAGGUCAAGCUCAGGUCAAUACUCAGGCUUUGGACAACAUGGAUCAGCCUCAGGUCAGUCCUCUGGCUUUGGACAACAUGGGACUGGUUCAGGACAAUCCUCUGGUUUUGGACAAUAUGAGUCUAGAUCACGUCAGUCUAGCUAUGGCCAACAUGGUUCUGGCUCAAUUCAAUCAUCUGGCUAUGGUCAACAUGGGUCAAAUUCAGGACAGACAUUUGGAUUUGGACAACACAGGUCAGGCUCAGGUCAGUCCUCUGGCUUUGGCCAAUAUGGAUCGGGCUUAGGUCAGUCUUCUGGCUUUGGACAACAUGGGUCAGGCACAGGUAAAUCCUCUGGCUUUGCACAGCAUGAGUACAGAUCAGGUCAGUCUAGCUAUGGCCAACAUGGUACUGGCUCCAGUCAAUCAUCUGGCUGUGGCCAACAUGAGUCUGGCUCAGGUCCAACCACAGGUUUUGGACAGCAUGUGUCUGGCUCAGACAAUUUCUCUAGUUCUGGACAACAUAUAUCUGACUCAGGUCAGUCCACUGGAUUUGGCCAAUAUGGUUCAGGCUCAGGUCAAUCAACUGGCUUGGGCCAGGGUGAAUCUCAACAAGUAGAGUCAGGAUCCACAGUUCAUGGGAGACAGGAAACUACUCAUGGUCAGACAGUAAAUACCACUAGACAUAGCCAGUCUGGUCAAGGACAAUCCACACAGAUAGGGUCCAGGGUAACUAGAAGACGAAGAUCUAGCCAAAGUGAGAACAGUGACAGUGAAGUGCACUCAAGGGUCUCACACAGACAUUCAGAACACAUUCACACACAAGCUGGAUCUCACUACCCAAAGUCAGGAUCCACAGUUCGCAGAAGACAAGGAACUACUCAUGGACAGAGAGGAGAUACCACUAGACAUGGCCAUUCUGGUCAUGGACAGUCUACACAGACAGGUUCCAGAACAUCCGGAAGACAGAGAUUUAGCUACAGUGAUGCCACUGACAAUGAAGUGCACUCAGGGGUCUCACAUAGACCACACUCACAAGAACAAACUCACAGCCAAGCUGGAUCUCAACAUGGAGAGUCAGAAUCCACAGUUCAUGAGAGACAUGAAACUACUUAUGGACAGACCGGAGAGGCCACUGGACAUGGCCACUCUGGUCAUGGACAGUCCACACAGACAGGGUCCAGGACAACUGGAAGACAGAGAACUAGCCACAGUGAGUCCACUGACAGUGAAGUGCACUCAGGGGUCUCACACAGAACACACUCACGAGAACACACUCAUGGUCAAGCUGGAUCUCAACAUGGACAGUCAGAAUCCAUAGUUCGUGAGAGACAUGGAACUACUCAUGGACAGACAGGAGAUACCACUAGACAUGCCCACUAUCAUCAUGGAGUAACCACACAGACAGGGUCCAGGACUACUGGAAGAAGGGGAUCUGGCCACAGUGAGUACAGUGACAGUGAAGGGUACUCAAGAGUCUCACAUACACAUUCAGGACACACUCAUGGCCAAGCCAGAUCUCAACAUGGAGAGUCAGAAUCCAUAGUUCAUGAGAGACAUGGAACUAUACAUGGACAGACAGGUGAUACCACCAGACAUGCCCACUCUGGUCAUGGACAGUCCACACAGACAGGGUCCAGGACCACUGGAAGAAGGUCAUCUGGCCACAGUGAGUACAGUGACAGUGAAGGGCACUCAGGGUUCUCACAAAGACCACACUCACGAGGACACACUCACAGCCAGGCUGGAUCUCAACAUGGAGAGCCAGAAUUCACAGUUCAUGAGAGACACGGAACUACUCAUGGACAGACAGGAGAUACCACUAGACAUGCUCACUCUGGUCAUGGACAGUCCACACAGAGAGGGUCUAGGACAGCUGGAAGAAGGGGAUCUGGCCACAGUGAGUCCAGUGACAGUGAAGUGCACUCAGGGGUCUCACACACACAUUCAGGACACACUUAUGGCCAAGCCAGAUCUCAACAUGGACAGUCAGGAUCCUCAGGUCAUGGGAGACAGGGAACUACUCAUGGACAGACAGGAGAUACCACUAGACAUGCCCACUAUCAUCAUGGAGUAACCACACAGACAGGGUCCAGGACUACUGGAAGAAGGGGAUCUGGCCACAGUGAGUACAGUGACAGUGAAGGGUACUCAAGAGUCUCACAUACACAUUCAGGACACACUCAUGGCCAAGCCAGAUCUCAACAUGGAGAGUCAGAAUCCAUAGUUCAUGAGAGACAUGGAACUAUACAUGGACAGACAGGUGAUACCACCAGACAUGCCCACUCUGGUCAUGGACAGUCCACACAGACAGGGUCCAGGACCACUGGAAGAAGGUCAUCUGGCCACAGUGAGUACAGUGACAGUGAAGGGCACUCAGGGUUCUCACAAAGACCACACUCACGAGGACACACUCACAGCCAGGCUGGAUCUCAACAUGGAGAGUCAGAAUCCAUAGUUGAUGAGAGACACAGAACUACUCAUGGACAGACAGGAGAUACCAGUGGACAUUCUCAAUCUGGUCAUGGACAGUCCACACAGUCAGGAUCCAGUACAACUGGAAGGAGAUCUGGCCACAGUGAGUCCAGUGACAGUGAAGUGCACUCAGGGGGCUCACAUACACAUUCAGGACACCCUCACAGCCAAGCCAGAUCUCAACAUGGAGAGUCAGAAUCCACAGUUCACAAGAGACACCAAACUACUCAUGGACAGACAGGAGAUACUACUGAACAUGGCCACCCUAGUCAUGGACAAACCACACAGACAGGGUCCAGGACAACUGGAAGAAGGGGAUCUGGCCACAGUGAGUACAGUGACAGUGAAGGGCACUCAGGGGUCUCACACACACAUUCAGGACACACUCACGGUCAAGCUGGAUCUCACUAUCCAGAGUCAGGAUCCUCAGUUCAUGAGAGACACAGAACUACUCAUGGACAAACAGCAGAUACCACUAGACAUGGCCACUCUGGUCAUGGACAGUCCACACAGAGAGGGUCCAGGACAACUGGAAGAAGGGCAUCUGGCCACAGUGAGUACAGUGACAGUGAAGGGCACUCAGGGGUCUCACACACCCAUUCAGGACAUGCUCAUGGCCAAGCCGGAUCUCAACAUGGAGAGCCAGAAUUCACAGUUCAUGAGAGACACGGAACUACUCAUGGACAGACAGGAGAUACCACUAGACAUGCUCACUCUGGUCAUGGACAGUCCACACAGAGAGGGUCUAGGACAGCUGGAAGAAGGGGAUCUGGCCACAGUGAGUCCAGUGACAGUGAAGUGCACUCAGGGGUCUCACACACACAUUCAGGACACACUUAUGGCCAAGCCAGAUCUCAACAUGGAGAGUCAGGAUCUGCCAUUCACGGGAGACAGGGAACUAUACAUGGACAGACAGGAGAUACCACUAGACAUGGCCAGUCUGGUCAUGGACAGUCCACACAGACAGGUUCCAGGACAACUGGAAGACAGAGAUCUAGUCACAGCGAGUCCAGUGAUAGUGAAGUGCACUCAGAGGCCUCACCCACAAAUUCAGGACACCCUCACAGCCAAGCUGGAUCUCGACAUGGACAGUCAGGAUCCUCAGGUCAUGGGAGACAGGGAACUACUCAUGGACAGACAGGAGAUACCACUAGACAUGCUCACUCUGGUCAUGGACAGUCCACACAGAGAGGGUCUAGGACAGCUGGAAGAAGGGGAUCUGGCCACAGUGAGUCCAGUGACAGUGAAGUGCACUCAGGGGUCUCACACACACAUUCAGGACACACUUAUGGCCAAGCCAGAUCUCAACAUGGACAGUCAGGAUCCUCAGGUCAUGGGAGACAGGGAACUACUCAUGGACAGACAGGAGAUACCACUAGACAUGGCCAUUCUAGUUAUGGACAAUCCACACAGACAGGUUCCAGAUCUAGUAGAACAAGUCAUUUUCAGUCACAUAGUAGUGAAAGGCAAAGGCAUGGAUCAAGUCAGGUUUGGAAACAUGGCAGCUAUGGACCUGCAGAAUAUGACUAUGGGCACACUGGGUAUGGGCCUUCUGGUGGCAGCAGAAAAAGCAUCAGUAAUUCUCACCUUUCAUGGUCAAUAGAUAGCACUGCAAACAAGCAACUGUCUAGACAUUGA